UUUGUUGAGUUAUUAUAAGAGGAGUCAAACAUGAACUUAACACAGAUAGUACAGUACAGAGCAGCAGAUAACAUCAGUUCCCAAUGGUCCGACAUUUCACUUCAUCACAGAAAUAAUUGAUCAUGAGCCUAGUCCGUGCACCCGUCCCCACACUACUUUACUCCCUACCUCCCCUUUCUUAAUGGGCUUAGGCCCAAAUAAUCCACCCUCCCCAUACGACGUCGUAGAUAAAACUCACAUUCCACCGUAAUCAUCGAUCUGAGAACAGAAACUGAAAAAGAGAGAGUGGGAAAACACUUUCAAUUUCUUCAUCUUCUUCUUCUUGUAAUAAUAAAACCAGAAAAUCGAAACGAAACCGAAAUGGGCAAGGAUCUGAGCGACGAUCAAAUUUCUUCCAUGAAAGAAGCUUUCACUCUAUUCGACACCGACGGCGACGGCAAGAUCGCUCCAUCGGAGCUCGGAAUCCUCAUGCGAUCUCUCGGCGGAAACCCGACCCAAGCUCAACUCAAAUCCAUCGUUGCGGAAGAGAAUCUCACAUCACCGUUCGAUUUCGCUCGGUUUCUGGAUCUCAUGUCCAAACACAUGAAACCUGAGCCGUUCGAUCGUCAGUUACGCGAUGCUUUCAAGGUUCUCGACAAGGAUUCCACCGGAUUCGUCUCCGUCAACGAGCUUCGUCACAUUCUCACCAGUAUCGGUGAGAAGCUUGAGCCUGCUGAGUUUGAUGAAUGGAUCAGGGAAGUUGAUGUUGGUUCUGACGGCAAGAUUCGCUACGAGGAUUUCAUCGCUAGAAUGGUUGCUAAGUGAGGCCAGAUCCUUCUAUUCAAAUCGCUUUUUCUAGUGUUUCGGUAUUUUCUAUGUUUAAUUUGUGAUUUUCAUUCGGUUUCUUCAAGUGGAUCAAUCAAUUAACCUAGUUGUGCUUGUUUUUGCUUUUUGUUUUUGCCUGAAACGCUUUUAUGCUAUGUAGCUAACCUUGGGUGUUGUUUUUGGAAACGUUUUCUUGUUCAAAUUGGCUACUUGUUUGGGUUAAUUUGUAUGAUGAGAUCUGAUUCCAAGGUUGUCAAUAUAUGCUGUAAUUGAAACGGAGUCACUGUUGAGAAUAUAUGUGUAUCUAAUCAUUUGUUUCUUUUUA